AUGCCUUAUUGUCCGCGUGAAUUCUGUGAAGUACUGGCAAUACGAUACCCAGUUGAAUUUUUACAGUACGCUGAUCCCCCGACCGGAAUAUGUUCACCACCGAAUCCUGCCCUUGAGUUUAACACCCGUUGCACCUUUAAAUGUUAUCUUGGGUACCGUUUGAGAGGUUCCCGUGAACGACGUUGUCAAGCCGACAAAACAUGGUCUGGGACCCCACCAACUUGUGAACAUACUCGUCCACCAGUUUUGAAUUGUCCGCCCAAUCUAAAAGUAAACACUCUGAAAGGAAAGUCAACAGGAAAAGUCACGUGGAGUGUUCAGGUUUCUGAUAAUUCAGGUGAUGUGGAUCCAAAUGCAGUGAUUAAGACUGAGUCAAAUCACAAAUCAGGGCAGGAACUUCCUAUUAGGGUCACUGCGAUUCGCGUAACUGCUACUGAUCAGGCCGGGAACGAGGCCAUCUGCACUUUCGAGGCAGAAGUCAUAGAUCUAGAACCACCGACUUCUAGUUUCUGCCCUAGCGACAUUGUGAAAGAGGCCAAAAGUCAUAGAGAAAAGGUGAGUUGGGACCUACCAGUAUGUUCAGACAAUUCUCAUUUGCCUCCAAUCAUUUGGUCUAACCGAAAGCUUGGAGACCUCUUUGGGGCUCCAGGAAAAUAUAAGAUCCAACAUACAGUCAAGGAUUUCGACUUCAAACAACCAAACAUCUAUACUGGAUGCUCUUUUAUGAUAACCUUGAAAAGGACAAAAUGCCCUAUGUAUCUUCCCCCAAAGAAUGGCGCUCUUGUUUGUUUGAAUUAUGGUGACGGUUCUGAGAGAUUCUGUCAAGUUGCUUGCAAACAAGGAACCGAUUUCGUGACCAACCCUUCCGUUUUGUACGUAUGUCUCGAUAAUGAAGAGUGGCUUCCUUUGGCUUAUCUUCCCAACACGAGUGGAAAACUACCGUGGCCAGAUUGUGCGAGGGGAGCUGGCCCUUCGACGAUGAAGACAUUUGGCGGUGGAAUAUCCGAGUUUUUUUAUAAUGCAAAUCAAAAGCCUUCUGAAGUGGAAAGGGAGCUGAAAGACAACUUAUUAAAGUUGGCUCGAAGCAGUUUAGUUUCCCCUUUUUAUUGUGAGAAUAAGAGCUAUUGUAAGUCGGAAAAUGUUCGCGUAUACGUGUAA